AUGGAGUAUGAUAAUGUGUUUUUGAGUGUUGCACAAAGUUGUGAGAAUGGAGUACAGGGAUUGUUGGACUCUUUCUUCGGUUUCCUAUCCAGACGAACUGAUUUCUACUUUGGAGCUACUGAAAAAGAUGCCAAACGCUUAGUUCUUGAAAACUUUGCAAAGCAUCGUGAUGCUGCUUUAGCACGCCAUGAACAAGAGACAAAAGAGCUUCGAGAACGAGAAGAACGUGAACGCAAGCGAAGAGCUGAAAAGAAGAAAGAAAUCAUUGAAGCCAACCAUGUUCCUCCUGUGGAUCCAAGUACAAGUCAGGUGAAUGGAAACAGUGAACAAGUAUCAGAUAAAUCUGAUUCCCAGGAAACAAAGACACUUGAUAAGGAUUGUCCUGUUCCAAAGCCGAUCAAUAUUGGCCCUUCCCCUGAUGAUGAGGAAGAAGAGGAGGACAAGGGGAAAUUGAGACCGAAUGAAGGAAAUGGAGCCGACCUGCCAAAUUAUAGUUGGUACCAAACUUUAGGUGAAGUAGAUAUCAAAGUCCCGACCCGGCUGCCUCAUCAAGUCAAAUGUCGUGAUGUUUGUGUAGAAAUUUCUAGGAGGCAUAUUAAAAUCGGCUUAAAGAAUAAAGAACCAAUUUUAUCCGGAAAGCUGUACAAUGAAGUUAAGGUUGAAGAAUGUUCGUGGAGUCUUGUAGAUGGACUUGUUAUAUCAGUUAAUCUAGAAAAAGUAAACAAGAUGGAAUGGUGGUCUCGUAUCUGUGAAGGUGAACCUGAAUUAAAUACACGAAAGGUUCAACCAGAAAAUUCUAAACUGUCUGACCUAGACGGUGAAACUCGAUCAAUGGUGGAGAAAAUGAUGUACGACCAACGUCAAAAAGAGCUUGGCUUACCAACAUCAGAAGAUCAGAAAAAGCAGGAAAUGUUGAAGAAGUUUAUGGCCGCUCAUCCGGAAAUGGAUUUUUCUAAAUGCAAAUUCUCUUGA